AUCACAGGGUCGCUCGGCUUUUUCCACGGAUCUCCGUGGGCCUCGCUUGUUUUCUGUCUGUGUGAGUUAGCAAUAAAAAAUAAAAAUAAAAAAGACGUCUCCUCAGCUCCGGAGGGUUUCCCCAUCAUGACCUCACCGGGCCGCCGUCGCUCCUCUUCACCGGGAUUCCUCAUCGCUCCUCAGUGAGCCUGGCUUCAUUCUGGCACCUCCUCGCUCCGCUUCAGUCCGCUGAUUUUUUUUAUUAUAAUUAAUUUUUUAUUUCUGGAUCUGUGAGCUCGAAGCGUCGCUGAACAGGUCAUUGAUGUUUUGACGCCAAAUUUGUUCCUCCAGAAGAGAGAAGAGACUACAUCUCCAGCAGCCUGUUCGUCAGGGGUCUUGGCCAUGGGGGGAUCCAAGAGUAAGCCCAAAGACAUUGCCCAGCGAAACCGCAGCCUGGACAGUAACAUCAGCUCAGGGGGAGGGGCUGGCAGUCUGCACCACAACUCGGCUCAACAGUCAGCGACACCCAACCGCAGCCCGAUUGUGGACACGGAUCCACAAUUAGUGACCAAUAAUGCCGGACUCGUUCUGUUUGGAGGUGUGGACAAUAACAGAACAACUCCAACAGGUGUGACGGCAUUUGUGGCCUUGUACGACUACGAGUCCCGAACAGAGACAGAUCUGUCUUUCAAGAAGGGGGAGCGUCUCCAGAUACUAAAUAACACGAGGAAGAUAAACUGCAGGGAAGGGGACUGGUGGCUAGCGAACUCCCUGACCACCGGAAAGAGCGGUUAUAUCCCCAGCAAUUAUGUGGCUCCAUCUGACUCCAUCCAGGCAGAAGAUGAUCUCAAACUGACACUAGAUUCCAGAUGGUUCUUUGCCAAAAUCACACGCCGCGAUUCGGAAAGGAUGCUGCUAGCUUUAGAAAACAGAAGAGGGACUUUCGUGGUGAGAGAGAGUGAGACCACCAAAGGUGCUUACUGUUUGUCAGUGUUGGACUGUGACAACACCAGAGGGCUCAACGUGAAACACUACAAGAUUAGGAAGCUGGACAGCGGGGGCUUCUACAUCACAUCCCGCACACCAUUCGCCACCCUGCAGCAGCUUGUCAAUCAUUACCGUAAGCAUGCCGACGGUCUGUGUUACACUCUGACGGAUGUUUGUCCCGUGCUGAAGCCUCAGACUCAGGGCUUAUCCAAGGAUGCCUGGGAGAUCCCGAGAGAGUCGCUUCGCCUGGAGGUCAAGAUGGGGCAAGGCUGCUUCGGAGAAGUCUGGAGAGGAACGUGGAACGGCACCACACAGGUGGCGAUCAAGACGCUGAAGCCCGGCACCAUGUCCCCCGAGGCCUUCCUGCAGGAAGCUCAGGUCAUGAAGAAACUGAGACACGAGAAGCUGGUUCAGCUGUACGCCGUGGUCUCUGAGGAGCCCAUCUACAUUGUAACAGAAUUCAUGGACCAAGGCAGCUUAUUGGAGUUUCUGAAGGGACAGUAUAGUGCAAUGCUCCGUCUCCCUCAGUUGGUGGACUUUGCCUCUCAGAUUGCUUCAGGAAUGGCCUAUGUAGAGAGAAUGAACUACGUUCAUAGAGAUCUCCGCGCCGCGAACAUCCUGGUUGGAGAUAAUCUGGUUUGCAAAGUGGCUGAUUUUGGUUUGGCUCGCCUGAUUGAGGAUAACGAAUAUACAGCCAGGCAAGGCGCCAAGUUUCCUAUCAAGUGGACGGCUCCUGAGGCGGCGCUGUACGGACGAUUCACUAUUAAAUCUGACGUCUGGUCAUUUGGGAUCCUGCUGGUUGAACUGGCCACCAAAGGUCGCGUGCCCUACCCAGGCAUGGUGAACAGAGAGGUUCUGGAUCAGGUGGAGCGCGGCUACAGGAUGCCGUGUCCGACUGAAUGUCCUGCUUCUCUCCAUGAACUGAUGCUGAACUGCUGGAGAAAGGAGCCCGAGGAGAGGCCCACCUUCGAGUACCUGCAGGGCUUCCUGGAGGAUUACUUCACCUCCACUGAGCCUCAGUACCAGCCUGGGGAUAACCUGUAACCAGGCUGUUUGGAUAUGCAAACAUGGACAUGCAUGUGUGGGAAUAAAGGGGCAGAGAUCAGCAUCAAUCGGGGUACAAUCACUGACCAUUUUUGUUUUUAUCUCAAAGUUAUUAACUUUUUUCAUACAUUUUUAUCCAGAGAAUCUUUAAAAAAGUGCAAAAUAAUUGUUUAAUUGGUUUCUCUGGCUGUUAUGGAAUAUGAUCAGUGAGUCAAACUUGGGAAGUAUUGUUCUGCUGAUACGUUUUUCAGACAGACGUACAUUUUUACCACAUUUUCUUUCACAUACAAUUUGAAACAAGCUCAGACUGUCUUCCUUUGAGCCUAUAAUAAUUUCUUAUGACGUUGUGGAUCUGGUUAAUUUUGAACUUAUUUCACCCUGAUCAACUGGAAAUGUGUCAUAGCUGCCAUGGGGUUCAUACAGCUGUUUCUGGUCAGAAAAGGUCAACUCAGGAUGAGGGAAAGCAAAACUAAUCUGCUGCAAAGAUUUUUGUGCCAAUGAAAAUCUAUUUUGUACUCUAUUUUUGUUCUAUUUUUGGUACUUUUCUUAUAACAAAAAAAACGAUGUUGUUGCUCUGAAAGGGUGAUCCACUGCUCCUUCUGUGUAUAGAUUUUAAUGUGCUGAGUUUUCAAAUUAUUUUAAGUCUCCUUUCAUUUUAAGAUUUGUUUUUUCUUCAGCACUGCUAUGUAUUUUUUUUUUCUUCUUAGUGCCAUCCUGAGCACACUUUUACACUGGAGAUUUUUUUUGUUUCUUUGUUUUUUGUUUUAUUUUAUU